AUGAGUUCACGGCUUGUGAAACCGGCGAGAGUCCAUGCUUGGACACUUGCUGACACCUACAGCUCGAGAUCUCAACAACCCCCUCAGCAUGCCUCCGCCGCAGCCAGGCAGUCUGAGCGGCGAUAUUUCCAUGAUUACUUCGUCACCCACCUACCGGUCUCCUCUCUCCACCCGGAUUCCCGCGUGUCGGCCGGGCCACCUCACCAUCUUCCUCGCUCAGAGUCCACUCCUCACAUAAGCUCCUCUGAGGGCGCAUCUCCCGCCACCGUCCUGUCGCCUGUCGGCGUAUCGCGGGAAACUACAGUUGUACGCAUUCCCCUCCGGAGCGCGAAACAUCAUUUCGGUGCAUCCGUGUCGCGAGGGUCUCGUCCGACAAAUGAAGAUACAUAUCAAGCAGGUGUCAUUGAACUCCCAGCAUUUGCAAAGCGACCUCCGCUUUCCCUGACAAUUGGCAAGCGGUCCGGAGACAAAGAGUAUGCACAUGUGGAACACCCGGUUGCGGAAAAUGCAAUUGGCGACCCUCAAGUGUUUUAUUUCGGCGUGUUCGACGGGCAUGGAGGAACGGUGUGUAGUGAGUUCUUGAGGGAUAGACUACAUGGAUAUAUUCAAGAGACUGCGAUAGCGUUUGAGUUGGGGUCCAGCCUUGGGAAGAAUGCACAGAAAAAAGCGUUGCCUCCCAGGCCUAUCCGGAACAGAGAGGCUUUUCGAGAGAGUCAGAAUGCUUACAGUCAUAGAUUUGAUGACCUCGAGCCAACAUUUGCGUCCUCGAGCCAAGCCCACGGGGGAAACGCUAUGCUCUCCGGUGAUCUUCCGAUACUGCAACCGGGAAAUAGGUUGGCAAUCGGCAACCUUGAGAAAGCAUUAGUUACCGACUGGAGAACCUUGGUUGGCGGGUAUUUUAGACGCUUUAGGCCUGCUCAUUUCUGCUAUUUCGGGGAGGACGACCUUCACACUGACGGAUUCAAGCCUGGACGGCACAAUCUCGGACUAGACAUGACUAUGGGCGUGCCUAUUGAAGAGGUGCUAGAAUACGCUUUUUUGAAGGCCGAUUAUGACUUUAUUAGUGCCCAAGCUUUCAAACGGGACGAUGAUUCCGCCCGCGCCGAAAGGCCCUUAAAUGAGCUCGAUAUCCUUCACAAUCCAGGACGACUGAGACAUGCCGUCGUGGGAGGAUCGACUCGGUUCAAGGGUGGAAGCACCUGCAGCAUUGCCAUGAUCUCCACCCCCACACCGGCUCCCUUUUGGCACCCUUCGGCACCAUCGUCAUUGGUGGUAUCACACGUUGGCGACACCCGAAUUUUAUUAUGCUCUACUGCUACGGGUAUCGCUAUUCCACUAACAACAGACCAUCAUCCUUCCUCUCCAGUCGAGAGUAACAGGUUGCGGCGCUAUGCCACCUCACUCGUCACAGACUCUUUUGGAGAAGAGCGCAUUAGCGGGCUGGCGAACAGCAGAGCAUUUGGGGACAUCCAGUCGAAGCGCAUCGGAAUAUCGGCAGAGCCCGAGACCAGGCGGGUUGAAAUGGGGCCCGCGGAGUAUUCGUUCAUGGUCUUGAUGUCUGAUGGAGUGAGCGGCGCUUUGUCAGACCAGGAGAUCGUGGACAUCAUCAAAGAAGCAAGGACGCCAGACGCUGGUGCUCGCGAAGUCGUCAACUUUGCGACCGAGGUAUCGAAAGAUGGCGACAAUGCAACAUGCCUGGUGGUACGAUUGGGAGGUUGGGAACGACGUCUAGAAGGGGGGCUGGGCAGUAUGGGCACAAAAGAGUCGAGAGAUUGGCGGAAACAGGAGGCUUCCGUUCCGCGAGGGCGACGAGCAUGA